AUGGCGUUUCGCCUGUCUGCUUCCGGCCCGCUCAAGGAUGGGCAGCCAGAGGCGCGGAGUGGCUCCCUCUUCGGCAGUGCCAUGGGUGCCUUCAAGGACAAGGCUUCGGCGGCAGCCUCAGCGGCCAGUGCGGCUGCCGGGGCGGCGGUCAAGAGUGCCAAGCAUGGCAUCGAAGUGGCCAAGGAUGCAAUGGGUCCCAGCGGAUCCUCAGCCUCGUCGAGUUUCCGCCCACCGCCGCGUGGCAACGAGGACAUCGACCUCCAGCGUGCGCUGGAGGCCUCCAUGCAACCUCAAGCCAAGGCACCCUCCACUGGGGAGGAGAAACGAUCCUUGGUCGAAUCUCGGGAGGAUGCGAGUGCCUUCCCUGCCGAGGUGGAGCAGCUGCAAAGCAUGGGCUUUGCCCCGGACUUGGCCGAAGUCGCGCUGAUGCAGAGCGGCGGCGAUCUCCCUGCUGCGCUUGCCCUGCUCUGCGGCGAGGGCUCAGCACAGCCCAGGCCCUCGGAAGAGGCCGAGGCGAAGCGAACCUCAUUGCCUCGCCGGAUGUCGACCACCUCCACGGCCUCUUCGGUACAGGCCCAGGCUCUGGCAUCCUACCAGAGCGCCAAGGCCUCCCUCUUGAGCGUGAAGAAGCGAGCCGAGGCCCUCUUUGGCCAACAGAAGGCGUCGCUUCCGAGCGACUACCAAGGGGAAACUUUCAACAUCCAGGUCCCCAACAACAUUGGGGCCAUGCCGCCAGGUCAAAGUCUUCAGCAGAGACAAGCAAGCCUGCAGGCAGCCGAGAAGCGGCUGGCAGACGCCCGGGCGCGUAAUGCUGGCACCAUGGACGAUUGGCGGCGCUACCGGCAGUUCAGGCAGCAGCAGGAGCGUGAGGAGCGCGAGCAAAGGGCGAAGCAGAGGGCCUCUGCUGCGGCGGCGCAGUCAGCGAAGGAGGAGAUGGUAAGGGAGGACGAAGAGGAGGACCUCCAGCGCGCGUUGGCGGCAUCCGUGUCGCAGAUCCACCACGGCGAAGAGGCCAGUGUAGCGCCGACUCAGAGCCUUGACGAGGAAGACCCCGAAGUCUUCGAGCUUCGCUUGGAACAGGCCAUGGCCGAGGAAGAGCUGCAGCUUCAGCAGGCCCUGGUAGCCAGCCUCGAAGCCGAGCGAGCGGCGCUUGAGGCCCUGGAUCCAACUUGCUCAGCGGCUGCCGUGGGAGAGGAGUUGGAGGUCCAGAGAGAGCAACUCGCUCCCGGCAACUACGCGUUGAAGCAGAUCGCCGAUGCACAGAUUCAGGAGAGCAAGGAGCGAGAGAAGCAAUUGGAGGAGUCCAACCAGGCGCUGCAGAGUCGACUGGAAGGGUUGCGCGAGGCCCUGGCGCAGCGUGGGAAGGAUACGCAAGAGGAGCAUGAAGAAGCAGCCGUGGACGACAAGAGUGUGCACAGGUCGGAAGAGGAGAUUGCCGAGAGUAGGCCCAAGAGCGACGGCACGAAGGACGAGGCCCUGACAUCUUCUCUGGAUGAGAAGGAAGAGAACUUUGAGAAGGACCAGAAGGAGAAGGUGGAGAGCCUUGAGGAGGAUCAGAAGGAGGAGGAGGCGCGGGAGGCCGCGACUCCGGAGGAGGACCAGGCGGAGGGUGCAGCUGCUGCGGAAGAAAAACCAAAGGAGCCUUCUGAGUCUGAGGGAGCGAAGGUUGCGUCUGCUCCGUGA